CUUACUCGGCGCACGCCUUUAACACGUUCUGGCUUGCCUCAUCUCUCGGAGGCUCUAUUCUUAUUUUUGUUAUGAUGAUACAAUCCAGCUCGGAAACGACCGCUUCGACAAGCCCUAUCAGUCCUUUCUCCUCUUUUUCGGUACCCAGUGAACCCACUUCUGAUGAACAACCCGACUUGGGAGCCUUCGUCAAUGUGUUCCAUGCAUGGAAUCAGCUGCAGCCAACACGCACAUUUACACACCGGCCGCAGUACUCCACCUCUGUCUCAACCUCUUCCGAGUCCAUCAUGGAGCUCGAGUCAGACGACGCCUCUGGAUCGCUAUUGGUCGGCUCCACUGUGUGGACCCACGGCCCCAUCGCCUCGUAUCUGAACAGCAUCUCGGCCGCGACGAGCACUGACCGACGUUCUCCUAGCCCAGGCUCAGGAUCCAACACAGAGGGUGCCGCAGAGCUGGACGAAUCGGGUGUGCCAAUGGAAUUCGAGUUAUCCGACCUCGAAGACCUCGACUUGGAGCAACCGUCGUUAGGUCUCCUCGACGAUGCGCUAAGUUUUCUCGCUUCGGAGCGUGCACGAUGGACUGCCCGGCGCGAGGCUGAUGUUGGUGGGAAUGACGGCCCAUGGAAGCAUGCUGGCGAACCCCGCCGAAAGCGACGAAGAAAGCGCACAAGGAACAUUAAGAGCGAAGGAGCCUCCCGCGACGAGCUUGCGGCCGAAGGAGAAUUGUUAGCGGCAGAAGACGCGGAUGAUUCAUCCUCCUCAUACGACUACACAACCACAACGACUACAACGACAUCUACCAACCCCAAAUCUGUUCCGCCGACUCCGGCGCGAUCUCGUCGAGAGCGACGUAAACAACAGCAAGCACUCACUGUCUCACCGGGCCGCGUGCUUGUCCACAGCAAGAGCACACCCCAGCUUCGUGUGCUUCCACAGGUGUAUGAGUCCCAUCCACAUCCGGCGCGGCUGACUCAACUUCGCGUACUGGUGAAGAAGCUCGUUAAGGCUUUCCCCGCGGAUGCAGCCAGUCUUGAUCGCCUCAUCCCGUCUGACGCCGAGCUUCCCCAUCGUCUGCGCAUGGAUGGCGACCAUGUUUUUAUUGAUCCCCGUGGACCACCACCCGGAGAAAAGGAUAUUCUAACCCAUGUUUUUAUCGACCAUUCCAACAUACUUAUCGGGCUACUUACCCACCUCAAGCGCAAUCCGCGCACAAUGCCACAGAAUGCGACGACUGCGGCAUCGUCGUCGCACGCGACUACGCACAUAGCUACUCCGAUGCCGACGAUGAUGACUUUCCCACCGUCCAAGCCACAUUCGAAGUCGCGACAUCUUUCCCACACCGCUCUGGCCUUGGUGCUUGAGCGAGGCAGAGCCAUUUCGCGCCGGGUGCUGGUGGCCUCGAGUCCGCUGUAUCAACCGAUGGAGAGUGCGGAACGACUAGGAUAUGAAGUGCGAGUGUAUGCUCGAGUGCCCGAUCUUGGAGACGGCCAGGACCGACAUGGCCCCAGACACGGGCACACCCGCAGUCUGAGCGGGGGAAUAAUCACUAGCGCGUCAGGCGACUCGGGAGGUUCCCGCAGAGGGAAGAAGCAUAUCCGACGGACUUCGGCGGAAAGCACCUCGAACGAGAGCGAGCAGGGCAAUCUCCAGGCGUUCCCGCAGGCGUUCGUCCGUAGCCUGGGGCUCAGCGGGGGAGUGAUGUUGUCGUCCUCCCCGCCGAGACACACGCCCCCAGCUGUCUCUGCCUCAGUUCCAUCAAACGGACUCGCCGGUCUACACGCAUACUCCUCGUCGCCAGGAGCAGGGAAGAUCAAAUACAGGGAGCAAGGCGUCGAUGAGUUGCUGCAGCUCAAGCUGCAUCAGGCACUCGCGGCAAUCGACGGGCCGCCGCCUCCGGGCUCCACCAUCGUACUGGCCACGGGGGACGGCAACAUCGGCCAGUUCAAUGAAGAUGGCUUCAUCGGGCCUGUCCGGACAGCACUGAAGAAAGGCUGGAGAGUCGAGCUGUAUGCUUGGGAGGACGGCCUCAGUCGCGUCUGGAUGCGCGAGUUUAGUGAGUGGACACAGCCAGUGGGGUCAGAGCUCACGGGUCGUUUCCGGGUGAUCGGGCUGGAGCAGUUCGCAGGAGAUCUGCUGGAAAUCUACUGACCGUAUCUAAGCAGAUCGAGCCUGCCAAGAAGUGUAAUAUUACUAUGUAUCGAGGAAGUACUCAGAGUCAAUGCCAUACGUCGAUAUUGUAUGUAAGUACUUUUUAUAUUCCGGCCAGUGGCUUCGCGGCAGGAAGAUGGUCCAGUAUGCAAGCCAACACUUCUGGAACCGGCUCGCGAGAGAGCGGCUCGAGAGCAUGAAGGGCCAGACGCUUCGUCGUUCCGCUGAGGAGACUGUUCAUGGCUUCCCAUUCAUACAGAUCGAAAAGGUUCCGAGCUAAAAGGAUAUUGCGGACUCGCAGAGUAAGUUCGAUUCGCACGAGUGCCUCUGAGUCGCAUAACUGGGGAAGAAGAAUCUCGAAACAUUCCAGCAGCCCCGGUAUUGCACCUUCAAUCGCCAGUUGCUCAAGUUCUCUGUUCAGAGAGAAAUCCACGUCUGCUGCAAACACAGCUGAGAACAUGAGAUCAGCUUCAGCCCGGGUGAGCGAAGAGAGAAGGCACCGACCAGGUGCGUCGAAGUCUCGGAAAGACAACACCAACGACUUCAACGAGCUCGCCUUGCGGAGAUAGCUCACGAUUCUGGGCACCUCACGACGCGUGAUGUGCAGCAGCGUGAGAUUCUGGAUCUCCGGCAUGGUGUCCCCAAGCGAUAUGAACCACGCCAAAAAGUUGUCCAAAUCACAUGUCAGCGUGAGACGGCGCAGAGUCGCCGGCAGCUGCGCUGGUCCCGAAAUGCUGCCCCACUUCAUCCAGCUCCCGCCAACUUCUAGUGAUUCCAGCUGCGGACAGCGGCGCGCCGAGUCGACCACCUGCUGCAAGGACUCGAAUCUCGAUCUGAAGCCGAAUGCGAGCUUUUGCAGUGGCAUGAUCGGCAGCACAGUUUGCAGGGCAAACGAGCUUGCGUCUCGCAUGACUUGAUCCCGCAGCGGCGUCAGCUGCAGACACUCGACCCGGGACAUGAGGUUCAAUAGUGGCACUAGACCCGAGAGGUCCUCGUUGGCGAAGCGCAGCUCAACAAUGCGGAUGAAGAAAACAAUUUCUGGGGAAGCGCGCGCAAGGUCGCCCAAGCGAGCAGCAUUUUGAGGCGUCAGAGUCACAGCGAAAAGAAGGUGGAAACGGGUCGAGGGCCGCCAUGCUUUGCAGACGAGGCUGCAUGUCUUGAGCGUCGCGCGGUCGGCGUGGCAGAAGUCAAUGAUGGCGUCCUCGAUUUCCGCAGGCAGUGUGCGUGGUUUGUGGCAGUCCAUGGGCUCAUCCGCGGCUGGCUGCUCUUUUAUACCGCUUGAUACGCGCGAAAAACGCGCUUCAUACCCGAGAAGCCUCGUGCCGGCAUAAUUCCACCUCCCUCCGCACGUCUUUCAUACCCUGGAUCCGACUACCGCUUGUUUUCGCGGCUGAGGUGGCGCUCGAGCUGAAGCAGCUUGAGCGUUCUGCGGGGGUGCAAGUGGGAGGCCAUAGGUUGCUUAGCAGCUGUUGCGCGUUGAAGUUUCUGUCAGAGCUGGGGCAAACUGAUGCCUUCAAGAUGGUAUUUGCAAUCUGCCUGAGCGAGCGCUUGACCGUUCUACUCGGAUGGCAUCACGUCAGAGAAGGAACACGCUUUGUGAUCAUGCGGAUAAGGAUUAUCUUAUCUGAACUCAGCUAGUGGAUUUAUCAUCUGUUUCGAUCCCAGCCUGCCCUUAUUCACUGCACUACCUUGAAGCUGAUGGCCGCCUCGAACCCAUUUUCUUUCUCUGACUGGCCGCCUGCACUAUCAGAUGAGCAAGCUGCGGCCUUGACGCUGUACGCAACGUCGUAUGCUCUUUCGCAUGGCCUGCUGUAUCUGCCGGCAUCUGUCCCGCAGCCUGCGAUCCCGAACUCAGCGAUCCACGCGCCGCUGGCGCUCUUCCCGUCACCCUUUCCCCGCAGUCUCUACAAUCAUGCCCGGCGGCUGCAAAGCACGUACAACAUUCUCUACGCGCGCAUCGCGAUGGACGAGGAGUUCCUGGAUCGGGUCAUGGGUGCGGUGGACGGUGUGGGCAAGGUCGAUGAUUUCGUGGGGCAGUUGUGGACGGGCUGGAAGAAGCUCCGCGAUGAGGGCGGCCUCGUGCAGCCGCUGCAUCUUGGGUUGUUCCGCUCAGACUACUUGCUGCAUUGCACUGCUCCCGAGUCUCCUUUGGAGCUGAAGCAAGUCGAGUUCAAUACGAUCUCAUCCUCUUUCGGUGCCCUUUCUGAGCGCACGGCGGCGUUACACCGAUAUCUGCAUGCGACUACCUCAUAUUAUGACCUACACCCGGGUAUGAAAACGGAGGACUUCCCGGCAAAUACGACGACGACGGGUCUCGUCGAAGGUCUUGCCGCAGCUCAUGCUGCCUAUGGAGUCGAAAGGCAUGUUCUAGCUUCCCGGAUCUUAUUCGUCGUUCAGCCCGGAGAGCGGAACGUCUUCGAUCAGCGAUUCUUAGAAUACGAGCUACUCGAGAGGCAUUCAAUCCACGUCGUUCGACAAACAUUCGACGAGCUCUCAUCCAACGCCUCAGUCGAAUCUGCAUCACGCGUGCUCACUGUACUCGGCUCAGAGAUAUCGGUUGUGUAUUUCCGGGCAGGGUACACGCCGACCGACUAUCCGUCCGCCCAGCAGUACACGACGCGCUUCCUGAUUGAGAGCUCCAAAGCUGUCAAAUGCCCGUCGAUCGCUCUGCAGCUUGCGGGUGGAAAGAAAGUGCAGCAGGUGCUCGCCCAGCCGGGCGUCGCCGAGCGCUUUUUGGGGGGCGUAGUCAGUUCCGCAGCCAUCGACGAGAUGCGCAACAGCUGGAUGGAGAUGUGGGGGCUAGAUGAGGGGCGCGAGUCAGAGGACGGGGUCAAACGAGCCCGAGCUGAGGCGGACAUGCUGGUGCUCAAGCCUCAACGUGAGGGCGGAGGGAACAAUGUGUACAAGGAGGCGAUUCCGGCUUUUCUUGACGCACUCCCGGCUCCUGAACGACAGGCGUGGAUUGCGAUGCAACUGAUCCGCCCGCCCGAUGUCGGGGGCUAUCUGGUGCGAGCGGGCGGGGGCGAGGGUGGGGCAGUGAGAACCGAUGUGGUCAGCGAGCUGGGAAUCUUCGGAUGGGCGUUAUUUGGAGGCUCAGACGGAAAGAUCGAGGAGAAGGACGUUGGAUGGCUGGUUCGGACGAAAGGCAAGGACAGCAACGAGGGCGGCGUUGCGACUGGAUUCUCUGUCCUGGACUCGAUCUUUUUGGUGGAUUAG